AUGAGAGAUGCGUUUAUUGAAAAAAUUAAAACUAUCGUCGACAACAGCAAUAAUCGAAGCGAUUAUUUCACAAACGAACGGUAUGAAGAGGUCGUCCGAGAGGUAAAAGAAGCCAAACGUUUGAGCGACAGCAAAAUGCCGUUGUCUGCCAAGCAAUAUAGAAGGCUAAAGAGAUACGAUAUCAUAACAAUUGGGGAACAUGAAAAAUUAAUUGCUAAAAACAAAGGAACACGAGAUGAAAGCUUUCGAUAUUACUGUAAUACAGAGGAUCUUUUUGGAAUUAUUGAAGCUGCACACAUAGCAACUGGACACAAACGAACUAGAGUCGUGGAGGCUGAAAUCAACAAAAAAUACUGCAAUGUUACUAGAACAGCUAUACAAAUUUAUUUGUCUCUUUGCGAACAAUGUCAAGGAAAAAAGAAAAUAAGGAAAAAGGGGUUAGUUGUCGCACCAAUUUUAUCAGAUCACAUGAACUCCAGAUGUCAAGUGGAUUUGAUUAAUAUGCAGAGUGAACCCGAUCGAGACUACCGUUUUAUAUUAAACUAUCAAGACCACCUCACAAAAUUUACCAUUUUGAAACCACUUAAAUCAAAAACCGCUGAAGAAGUUGCGUAUGUCGUGGUAGACAUUUUUUGCAUGUUCGGUGCUCCGUUUAUUCUACAAAGCGACAACGGAAGAGAAUUUUCCAAUAGGAUUAUAGAAGAGUUAAAGGAUUUGUGGCCAGGUCUUAAACUUGUACACGGAAAGCCCCGUCAUUCACAAAGCCAAGGAUCUGUAGAACGAUCUAAUCAGGAUGUAAGAGAUAUGUUGGUAGCUUGGAUGCUUGACAAUAAUACCAAACAGUGGUCAGACGGUUUACGGUUUAUUCAGAGUGAAAAAAAUCGAGCCCUACACGAAGGGAUUAAAAAAAGCCCUUACGAAGCUAUGUUUGGUAGCAAGCAAAGAAUCGGACUGGUAGACUCCUCCCUGGAAAGUGAAGUAUAUGAUUCUUUGAAAACUGAAGAAGAUUUGGAGAAAAUGUUAGAAGGGAUGAUAUGUGAAACAGAACAGCAGAAUGAAGAGAUAGUGACAAAUGCAGAACCCAAUCCUGUUGCGACAAAUGCAGAACCCAAUCCCGUUGCAUGUUACACUUGCGAAGAAUUUGGAAUUACCCAACCCUGUACAAUAUGCGGUUUAAAAGUACACAUAAAGUGCGGUCUUGAAAAUGAAGGAGAAGUCACAUGCAGCCUUUGCUUUCGAAGUGAUACAAUCAAAGUGCAACGCGAGGACGCAAAAGCCGGAUUGGAAAAGCAAGCUGAAAAAAUGCUGACUUUGUCCCGGGAAAAAUUGCCCCCUGCUGAAAUUGGUCAAAAUGUUGUAGUAGAAGUUCCGGAUGUCGACAGGGGGCGUCUUGCUCCUAGAAGUGUUUUAGCUGUGGUCUUAAACGUUAAUGAGUCCAGCUUGUAUAAGUUGGGAACCAAAGACGGUGCACUGGAAAGACUUUAUAGUCGUAAUGAAUUUAUCUUUGCGGAGUCAAAUUUUAUAAAUUUAUCAGAUGUCCCGAGUUGCUCUAUAAAUUUGAGAAAAGCUUCCGCUCUUUCGUCUGGAUCAAGACAAGGUUUUGUUAAGUGCAAUUGUAAGCGUUAUUGUAACACAAAAAGGUGCAACUGCAAGGCCAAUAAGGUGUUGUGCAAUUCGAAAUGUCAUGAUAAUAGUGCCUGCAAAAAUAAGUAA